GUUUUUGUUCAGUGUAUGCGUUACGGUAACCGAGUAUAGAAUUAAUUUCUUCACCCGCAGAUCGGCAUCGUCAAGAGAUAUUUUAUUUAAGCUGGAGGGAGAGGAAGUUACUUAAUUAACGUGCAAUUAUUCCUCCGAUUUGUUGAAACAUCAUAUCGAUAAAUAAAUCCCCUGUCUUCAAACUUAGACGGUUAUUGCAAGAAAAUGAAAUAUGAGAGAUUCAUAUGUGGAGAAUAUAGUAAUUACAGGAGGUCAAAUUGCAUGCAAAUAUUGGAAUACCUUCGAAGAAAUGUUGCCAUGACAAUUCUAUGUAAUUUUAUGAAGCAAUUCUACAAGAUGCUAUGUUUAGCAGACGAUAAAACCUUACCUCGCAGAUGGAAGAACAGACGACAAUUUCAAACGUGUCGGAAAUGUCUACAACCACUAUAGUUGUGCAACAGCAACAAGUAAUGAUUGAAAAAUGGAUGCUGGUUUUACUCAUCGUUGGCUGCACGUCACUCGUGUUUCUCAUUUGUUUUCCCAUUGACUUCUAUCUCUACCGGCGUCGCAGACGACUUGCUAGAGAACGGAAGAAUCUUACCAUGUACAGACCACAGACUAAGUCAAAUAGAGCGGCACAAAUUCACGCGAAAGUGACAGUAGCAGAAGUUGCAGCGGAAGUCGAUUUUGAGGAAAUGAAUCGAAAAGACCGGAAAGUGUAUCGCGCUCAACGCGGAAUUAUGCGUUUUCUAAGCCUGAUAAGAAAAAAAUCGGACAGACAAACACUUCCUCAGCAUUCAAAAGAUUUUAAGUCUGAGAAUAGUUCCGAAAGUAGAGUUCUGACUACGCCGGAAACUGGUAAUACGUUAGCACACUCGGAAAAUAGAAAUCACAUUGACCAAAGCACAAGCAUGCGUUCGCAAGAUUUUGGUGAAAUCACACGAGAAAAUAAAACAAGUAAUGUGACUUCUACUUUGCAUGAUAACAAAUUAGGGCGAGCUGUUUCCAGGGAGUUAUCAACUGAAUCAAACGUUUGGAGAGAAGAUAGGGAGUUAGUUGCCCGCGAGGGUAAACAACAGAACUAUGGUGCCUUCAAACCGCUUGAUAAUGUGACAGGUACCAAUGAUCCAGCAGAAUCAAGGUCUUUUACUAUACCUGUCAGAAGUAGAAAUACAGUGUUUGUUCAACCAGAAAAUGACAGCGAAAGUAACACUACAACUCGUGACCAUAACGGUAGUCAUCAAGAUAUAAUUGUUGAAAGUAAGGCAGCGUAUGAUCAGUCUGUCCUAGUAAAUGGGGUGUCUGGUUUUACUGGAAGACAUCCAAAACAGCAAAGUGAAGAAAACGGAUCUUACACUCAUUUAAGUGUUGAAGAUGACAGUCGGAAAGUGUACACACCAAUUCAAGAGUUUAGAGACUCUGAUCAUGAAACAGAAUUUUAUUACCACGAAAAUCUCAAGCAUUCUAACUCUGAUCAGUGCAUUUCGUACAUCCCCAAACAAUCUAAAGCCCCAUUUAAACCUAGGAUAAAGGCAAACGUGAUUUCUCCGACAAAUAAAUUAACAUCUAGCUAUUCAGAGCAGUUCCGCUUUGAAGAGAAGGAACACAGUGCAUUGAGUAACAAAAGAACAUUGUCUCUGUCCACAACUUUUGAAGAACCAUCGCUUUCAUCAACAACUAAAAAGAAAAAGAAAAAAGAUUUUUUUCUUAAAAAACAGUCUUCUGACUCAAUGCCGGAAUUGCAACGUUACCAAAAGGAAAAGUUUUGACUUUUUAUUAAAAUCUACGAACGUAAAUCAAAAUUAUCAUGACAUAUGAAACUUUUGUGUUACUACAAAAACAGCAAUUUCUGUAGCAAGAAAUUAGGCGGAACAUUUACCGGUACAGUCUUUCUAUCCUUUUCGCAAAAAAGGUUAUUUUCGUUUCUUACAUUAAACUUUUGUCGAGGAAAACAUUUCCGACUGCAUCUGAGUUUUCCCUUAAAUGCAGAACUUAUGGGUAACUUAACAGAUCCUUGCAGAGGAUAUUUUACUGAUUUGCCUUUUGAUGAAAUAAUCGUUUUGAAUAGUGUUAUAUUCAAUCUCUUUUUUAAUUGCGAACAUAACAAAAAAAAAAAAGAAAGAAAAAGAAGCGCUGCUUAUCCAACGAGAAAAUUCGACCGUGGACGGUCAUUUCAGUAAGCUACUUGCAAUUCUUUUCGUGUAAAAUGGCCACUACGGUAUUUACAGCGGAUGGUGUUUUUUCGGGGAUAGGAAUUAACAUCCGCCGGAAGUGAAAAAACACAACUAUCCAGAGAUAGUGUUACAGUGACAUAUUUCAAAGUGUUGCAAACUCUGAAUAUUAGGCACUGCAAUGUAUAUAAUUUUGAAACUUAAGAAAGGAUCUUAAACAA